AUGGAGUCUAGUGCUGCAGAUCAGAUGCUUACUCAAGAUAUGCAAAGCUUGCCUGCAAAGAGAUUACUCCAAAAAGUUGCAGUCAUAACCGGAGGUGCAAGAGGAAUCGGAGCAGCCACGGCAAAACUAUUUGCCCAAAACGGCGCCCACGUCAUCAUCGCCGACAUCCUGGACGAAUUGGGAGCUCCCCUGGCCGAUUCCAUCGGCGGCCGCUAUAUACACUGCGACGUGGCCAAGGAAGCCGACGUGGAAUCAGCCGUCCAGCUGGCACUGAAGUGGAAAGGCCACGUGGACAUCAUGUUCAACAACGCCGGCGUGGCGGGCCCUGGCGGCAGCAUCACCGCGCUGGAGAUGAGCCAGGUGAACGCCCUCGUGGCCGUGAACCUAAACGGCGUCGUCCACGGGAUCAAGCACGCGGCGAAGGCCAUGAUAGAGGGGGGAAGGAAGGGGUGCAUCAUAUGCACGUCGAGCUCGGCGGCGGUGACGGGGGGACUGGCAUCGCACGCCUACACGAUGUCGAAGGCGGCGGUGGUGGGGGUGGCGAGGACGGCGGCGUGCGAGCUGGGGGCGCACGGUAUACGGGUGAACUGCGUGUCGCCGCACGGAGUGGCGUCGGAGAUGCUGGUGGGGGCGUACCGGCGGGUGCUGGGGAGGGAGGAGCUGGGAGCGGAGGACGUGGGGAGGAUGGUGGGGGAGCAGGGGAGCUUGCUGCGGGGGAGGCGGGCGAGGGCGGAGGACGUGGCGGAGGCGGCGGUGUUUUUGGCCAGCGACGAGUGCUCGGGGUUCGUCACGGGGCACAAUCUCGUGGUUGAUGGGGGCUAUACUUCUGCUUUCGGCAGCAUGAGUUUCAUAUACCAAGGACGUGUCAAAGAAAACAAUUCAAAUGAUAUGAAGAUGACCUUAAAUAUAAACUAA